AUGAGCGCGCCCACGGCGAAGAGCAAGAGGAACCCCACGGUGUUGAUGACAGACACCCGCGACACGCCUCCCAGACGACCUGUGACGCAAAGACAAGACACGGCCCAGUUCCGACCCGGCGCAAAGCUCAUCUCGGUCGACAACAUCCUCCAGUACGCUUCCGAUAUCCCAUCCGCCCAACGUCGCGGCCCCCCUGGCCAUCGCCCCCUCAUGCAUACGCGCACCCCCAGCGGUCGGCAUCCGCUCGACCCCAAGCUCACCGGCCGUCUGAUCCCCGCGCAUAUGCCCUCGCGGACGAGCAAAUUGAGCGAGAAGCUGGUGUUGCUGCCCGACACGCAGGAGGACGACGACGACGAGAAGGGCGAUUUUGACGACGAGGAGGAAGGCCCACCUACGGAUGAGGAUCUGGCGAGACGCACCACCAAGGGCGGGCCCAAGGACAAGAGCUACGCAGAGAGAUUGCCCAAGGCACGCAGAGCAGAGAAGCUCUCGAGAGUCACGGCAUACUGCACUGCGCAGGCAUACAAGAUGAAGAGCACGGCUGAGUUCGUGAAGACGCAGCACAACGCGCGGACGAAGCUCUACGACGACUGCCUGUACUGCGUCUACCAUCUCCCGCUGCUGCCGGGAAGCGACGGCUACCGCGUGCGGAGCAGUCCUGCGCUGAAGAGCCCUGGCGGAAAAACAGUGCUUGACGAGGAGAUUGAAAGGAACGAGCGGAGGGAGCAUAGCGAAAGCUACUUCGAGGACACGGAAGAAUUCAGUGUGCGACAUGGCGACGAUGAAGACCCCGCGCACAGUCCACGCCGCGACUUCGAGGAGUACUCUCCAUCGCGUGACAUAUUAGACGGCAUGCCCUCGCGCGUCCCGCCGAAUGCACUGUCCUUUGGGGAAAUGUUCGUCUUCUCCUACGGAGUAGUCGUCUUCUGGAACUUCACCGAGAAGCAAGAAAAGGACAUUCUCGCCGAUCUCACCUUCAGUACUUCGUCUACCAACAUCUUGCUUGCCACCAGACCGUUGAACGAAGAGGAUUUCGAGACCGAGGAAUUCCACUUCGAGUACAACCCUGACAUACCCAGGCCGAGAGUGUACAACGACAUGAUAACCCUAAAGAGCGGAGACCACAUGAUCAAGUUGGCCAUGAGCCAUGGCAUUGCGCAGAGCACGAAGUUGAGUUUGUUCGAAGAAGGCAUGGCGAGAACGAUGCUGCAAGCGCAGUACGUCCCGAAGCGGCUCGCCUUGACCGGAAACCUAGGCAUGGCGAGAACCGAUGUGGUCAAGAUGAUUGGACAACUGUUUACCAGUCGUGUGGACGUCAAUCUCUCUUCGAACAUGCUCGACACGCCCAACUUCUUCUGGGACUCGGAGCCCACGCUGCACCCGCUGUAUAACGCCGUGCGCGAGUACCUGGAGAUCAAGCCGCGUAUUCAGGUUCUCAACGAGCGCUGCAGAGUGUUCCUCGAUCUUGGUGAGAUCCUGUCUGACUCCAUCUCUGACAAGAAGAUGACGAGAAUCACCUGGAUCAUCAUCUUCCUCAUUGUCAUCAGUAUAUGCGUCACGUGUUUGGAGGUUCUCCUCCGCUUUGCUAUUCUGCAAGGCAGAGGAAAGGCUGUUGACGUGGGCAGCCUUCGUCGUGCCUCCAUUGCGGGACCUACACUGCUGUUAGGACGGUCGGUGGCUUGGGGUGUCAGAAGUAUCAAGGGGGUUGUUGGAUCCUAG